CGCAGGGAGCGCAGCGCGGGCAGGGGCCGGGCCGGGGCAGGCGGCGGCGGCUCGGCCAUGGUGGGGCGGCUCAGCCUGCGGGAGGUGCCCGACCUCCCGGACAUGAGGAAGCGGGGCGACUCCGGCCUCGACAGCCCCGACUCCGGGCUGCCGCCCAGCCCCGGCCCGGCCCCGCCGCCCUGGCUGCUCUCCUCGGGCAGCCCCGACCGCGCCGCCGCCAACGGGCUCCCGGAGCCCGAGCCGCCCGCGCCCUCCGCCGCGAGUUCCGUGUUCUCCCCCAGUCCCAUUCUCUCCAGCUGCCCUCCAAGAUUGUGUCCUUUAUCCUUUGGUGAAGGAGUUGAGUUUGACCCUUUACCAGCCAAGGAAAUAAGGUACACCUCCUCGGUGAGGUACGACUCGGAGAAGCACUUCAUCGCCGACGUGUACAUGCCCGUGGGGCUGAGCGUGGCCUCGUGCAGCCAGACCAUCAUCUGCGUGCCCAACUGCUCGUGGCGCAGCUACAAGGCCGAGGUGCGCUUCGAGCCGCGCCACAGGCCCCGCCGCUUCACCAGCACCACCAUCAUCUACCCCAAGCACGCCAAGACUGUCUACACCACCACGCUGGACUACAACUGCCGCAAGGCCACGCGCAGGUUCCUCUCCAGCGUGGAGCUGGAGACCUCGGAGUGCCUCAGCGCCGAGUGCGGCCUGGACGGGUGCUGACCGCGGCCUGCACGGCUGCUGAGGGCGGCCGCCCCUCUCGCUCCGAUCCGCCCCUCACGUACUGUGCUGACUCCACUUGCUAAAAGCAGGCACAGACCCUCUCUCUCAGCUCUUAAUUCCUGCUUUUAAGCCUCACGGCGGCCCGAGCGUGGUUUUCUGGGGGAAAAUAACUUAGCGAGGAGCUUGGCUCUUCGCCUCCCGAAAGCCGCGAGUUCCCUCCCCUUCCCCGCUGUAAUCAGGUGAAAAUAACAACGGGAAGUGAUUUCCCCCAGAGGAACAGGUGACAGGUAAGGAGGAGUGUGGGGUAGUGGUUGGUAGGUGGAGAUCCAUUUGGUGCUUUGGUGCUGUGCAAAAAGUAAGGGCAGUUUGCCCUCUUGCAGAGGAUCCAUCACAUCGUGCAGUUACACAUAUUGCUGUCAGCCAUUUCAGUUUAGAUCGUGUUUUCUCCAGAAGAACCAUCCCCUGGAAAUUGCUGGGAAAGGCUAUCAGAGAAAACCCCAGAAUUCUGCGUUUAACACAUACAGAAAUGUUGACAUGUGGCAUUCACAUUUUGUGUGAAGGUGUAAAUUGGGAAGAAGAGGAGUUCUGAGCAGAGUGGGGAUGAACUGCUUCUGCAGCUCCAGGCAGCAGAGACAGGAUCGUGUGCUUCCAGUUCUUAGGGUGAUGAGGAACCCUUGUUCUGUGUGACACACAAGUGUUUCUGUGCCUGCAGCAGGGCUUGUAACACAGAAUACCAGGCCAGAAAUUAUCUCUGUGUUGUUGGAUCUUGGUGAUGUGGAGGUAGAAAACCACAAGUGCCUUUGUUUUUGCCCACACAGGCUGUGUGUACUAAAGGAGCUGUAAACCAAAGCAAGAUUCAGGUAAAGUGCUGGACAGAGAGACCCAGAAUGGCCAAGGAGGUGCUGGAUUGGGUGUGAGACACUGUUGUGGUGGGGUUGGGAGGAGGUAAAAGUAGCAAGGGACAGGCAGGUUUGUGGUGCAUAACAAAAUCCACAGCUGUAGCUCUGCUUCCCGGCUGAGCUUGUCAUGGCAUAAAUCUGUGUCCUGGGGAUUGGGGAUGUCACUGGGAUGGGGCAGCCUCUGCCUGUCUGCAGGCUGCUGAAAAACCUCUCCUGAGUGUGUGAUGAGUUUGGGGACCAAAGGGAAUAGCUUCAGAUACUAUGAAAGUCUGUCUGGCUGUUACGUGCGUUCGUUUAUCGUGUGCCCUGACGAAAAUAAGACAGAGAGGUUUCCUUGUUUUCCCAGAUUUUUUUUUUCCUGUGUUGACAGAGCAUAGUGUGGAGAGCAUCUGCUUUGGGGAGUGUGGGUUGUGCUGUUUUUUUUGUGUGGUGUAGUCUCUCAGAAACACCUGAUAGACCUGUCUGAGCUGGACACCCAUGUGUUCCAAAACUCCCCCGAGGUGUGGGUGUGCAGCACCAGUCCUGGAGCAGCUUUUAAAGAGGACUUGGCAGUGCACAGCCCCAGGGGUGGGUUUUGUCAGUGGCAGCCUCGGGAGGCUGUUCUUGAGCUGUGCUUAAUGUGUGUUUGUGCAAGUGUGAUGGAUGGUGUGGAAGUGAAUCCCAGGGAACUGAAAGGAGUCAGGAGAUGAGGAGUGCAACAGGAAGGAAACCUUGAGUUUGUAUGGUUUGGGGGUGUUUUUAUUGUUGUUGUUGGGGUUUUUUUACUUAUUUAUUGGCUCAAAAAAGAACAUCCUUCACCUUUGGUAUUUGCCUCAGAGAGGCAGCUCCCAAAACAAUCCCAGGAUGAGAGAGGACACGGCCGGGCAGGCAGCGCUCCGGAGUUCAGAGCAGCGCGGUGUCACCCUUAAACACUUUGGUCUCAGGCUGCAAGAGUGGGGAGAUGUGUCUUAAACAGAUGAUGCAAUUGUGCCCUAAGUGUGCCCCAGGAUGUGCUGGUGGUGUAACAGAAGGCCCAGCUCACCCCACAGCCCGUGGGGUUUCACACUCUGCUCGGUGGGUUGCUCCAUCCCUCACUCCCCGCAGCUCGCCCCUGCAGCAGCUGCUGCUGGGCACAGGAUUCGGGGAGAACACGGACCCUGGAUUGCUCCCACAAAUGCUGUCCCAAGGAAUCCACUUGGAACAUGUCUAAGAGGAGGUUGUUUUAAGUUGUAGCCAUUAGCUGUUCCUAGUUAGAAGCAAAAUAACCCACAAAAUGCCCCUCACGCUCCGGUUUUAGGAUAAAGCACCUGAUUUUUAUAAAGCAAGCAAACUUACUGUGUACCUCUUAAGAAUAUUUUAAUUGGUAGAGAUACCUUUUAAAUUAUUUAUGUUCCAACAUUUGCAAAGCUCUGAUUAGCUCUGUGCAAGUGUUUUGGUGUCUGUGAUGUUUCCCACUCCCUCCUUCUGAUUUUCAAUUUCUCUUUUACUUUAUUGGUAAUAAAUGAUCUGAAAACCA